AUGCGGUUUCCAAGCCUCGUCGCCACCACCCUGGUGGUUGCAUCCAACUUGGUAGCAGGAUCGCCAGCAGUCAACCAAAGCGCUACUACUUCCAGUUCCACCGCUGUCCAGAGUCAAGUAAACGCGCCGCUGAAUGCUGCUUCCACUGCAGUCGCCGGAGAGACAUCCGCAACUUCUGCGCCUGAACAGCAAGCGCCUCAGGAAACUGCCACAGCUGCGGCUGCUUCGGCCGCCCAGUCUCAAGCUCCAGAGUCUCAAGCUCCAGCGUCCCAAGCCCCGGUUUCCAACACUGCCAAAGCUCCCUCUGCGACCAAUGGGGCCGCUGAUGCCACCACAGCCACAUCUUUGUCCAUCUCGAUCCCGUCGGUGAGCCUCGGAGGCAGCGCAACCGCGGUUACCAGCGCGCCUCAGGGUACCGCAACGAACGGUGCCAGUGGAACCACCGCCAAGAAGUCGUCAACUCUCUCGAGCAGCCCCUUCAGCUUCACAAGCAGUAGCUCUAGUGACAGCGGAGAUCCAUUGAGCCAACUUGGUUCACUUGCCGGUGACUUAGGACAGUUGCUUGGUUUCCUGACCAGUGACUCGUUCUUGGGCUUCCUUCCCAACUUCAUCAACAGUUUCGAGUACUUCGCAACUGGUCUGGCGCCUCCUGUUGAUACCGACAUCAGGACCUUGGUUGGAAAUGCGAACACACUUCUGUCGACUUCGUUUGUCUCCAAAGUCGACAACCUGAUUGACAACGCCAAUGAUCUGCUCACCACCAAGAACACCCAGUCUAUCUUGACCCUCAUCAACAAUGCCAAUAAUCUUCUCACUGCUCAGAACACGAAGGCGAUCGUCAGCCUGAUCGGCAACGCCAACAACCUCCUCACAUCGGACUUUGUCAACAAGACAAGCAACCUGAUCGAUGAGGCAAGCCCUCUUAUUACUCAAGCGAGUGGGCUCCUCACCUCUGGCAACGUGAAGGAGAUUGAGAGCCUGAUUGGCAACGCUAACAAGCUUCUGACCGCCAACUUCAUUUCUGAAACCAAGAGCCUGAUUAGCAAUGCUGCCCCAGUUUUGACUGAUGCCAAGGCCCUCCUGGGUGGUAACAACGUCAAGGAGAUCGAGAACCUCAUUGGCAACGCCAACAAGUUGCUUACUAGCAACUUCAUCUCCGAAACUACCAGCCUUAUUAGCAAUGCCGCUCCAGUCGUUGCUGACGCCAAGGCCCUCCUGGGUGGCGAUAACGUUAAGGAGAUUGAGGCUUUGAUCACCAAUGCCAACAGUCUAUUGACCCCGUCUUUCGUCAAGGAAACCAACAGUCUUAUCAAGCAAGCUGGUCCUCUUAUUUCUGACGCUAGUGAGCUCCUGGGUGGCGACCAUGUCAAGGAGAUUGAAAGCCUGGUUACAAACGCCAACUCUCUGCUUACCCCCACAUUUGUCAAACAAACCAGCAGUCUUAUUAACCAAGCCGGUCCUCUGAUUUCCGAGGCUGGUGAGCUUCUGGGCAAUGGCAAUGUCAAGCAGAUUGAGAGCCUUGUGUCCAAUGCCAAUGCUUUGUUGACUCCUACUUUUGUCAACGAAACGAGCAGCCUCAUCAAGCAAGCCGGUCCUCUUAUUUCCGAGGCUGGUGAGCUACUAGGUGGCGGCAACGUCAAGCAAAUUGAGAGCCUUGUGGCAAACGCCAACUCUCUGCUCACCCCAACAUUCGUCAAGGAGACCAGCAGCCUCAUCAAGCAAGCCGGUCCUCUUAUUUCCGAAGCCGGUGAGCUUCUGGGUGGCGGCAAUGUCAAGGAGAUCGAGAACCUUGUGUCCAAUGCCAAUGCUUUGUUGACUCCUACUUUUGUCAACGAAACGAGCAGCCUCAUCAAGCAAGCCGGUCCUCUUAUUUCCGAGGCUGGUGAGCUACUAGGUGGCGGCAACGUCAAGCAAAUUGAGAGCCUUGUAGCAAACGCCAACUCUCUGCUCACCCCAACAUUCGUCAAGGAGACCAGCAGCCUCAUCAAGCAGGCCGGCCCUAUCAUCUCGGAGGCUGGCCAACUUUUGGGUGGCAACCACACUCAAGAAUUGAUCUACCUUGUUGGCAACGCUACCACCUUGUUGACACCUCGCUUUGUCAACGAGACCUCUGGUCUCAUCGGCUACGCUGAUGACCUGCUGUCACCCGCCUUUGUCAGCAUGCUCAAGGACUUGGUGAAGACUAUCAUUCCUCUGGAGCCUGAGCUCAAGACGCUGUUGACCAAGACCACCAUUGAUGACUUGGGCUCCCUCGUCACAAAUGCCAACGAUCUCCUUACCCACCAAUUUGUGAAUGACACAUCGUCUCUCAUUUCAGAUGUUAGCGAAUUCCUACCUCUGAUUGAGAGCUUGUUGAAUGCACUGUAA